AUGUCAUGUAUUCUGGCUUUUCUUCUUUGCGUUUCUUUUUUUUCUUUUUUUUCCCCGUCUAUUUGUCACGCGUACAUGUCCGUUGAGGGGGAAAGGGGUGAAUUGUUCUCUCUCUCUCUCUCUCUCUCUGAGCACUCACACUCACACGCCACCAUCUUCUGUGAGGAACUCAUGAAAAGCACGAACGGAGCGUCUUCCAAUAAGCCCGGGGCAGACAUGCAACAGAAAAAUACGCCCGAGAAGCCAAAGAGGGAGGCGAGCGGCAGCCGAAAAGGUGCCUCCCCGCCAUUGUCCGUUAUUUUUGUAAUGCUUCAAAUUGUUUUUUGUGUCAGUGGUAUUUAUGUUUGUUUUGGCCUUUGGUCCAUUAAACAGGAGCGCGUCGUAACGAAGCCAUACCGUGCGGUAAGGGCGGAUGGAGAACAUGCCGAAAUGGCGAAGCUGUCCACUGUCUUUGUACUUGGACUUGUUCAGGCCAUUGCUGGGACGCUCGUUGGGGCUUUGCUGUUGCUUGUAGAAAAAAUGUAUUCCAUGUAUGUUGCGCACUCGGCGGGGACGGGAUCGGUAGGAAAGAUGUCCAAAGCGGGGCGCCUUGCCGCAUUCCGCAUGACGGCAGUAAUGGGGUUUACGAACGCGUUCGGAUCCAGUUUGAGCUAUGCGGCGAUGCGACGUCUGCCGUAUCCCGUUGUGCUUGCCACGAAAAUGUCAAAGAUGGUUCCUGUCAUGUUGGUUGGUUUUUUUUGGCACGGCACGCGUUAUUCUUUCAGUAAAUGUGCAGCUUGCGCCAUAACCACAGGUGGUGUAUUUUGUUUUUAUUUGCUGGGGGAGAAGCAUUCUCGGCACGAGGAGACACAGCAGCAUGAUGGCGCGGCGCUAAGCUCUUGGUUGGGAUUUUUACUGCUGUUUUUUAGCCUACUCACGGAUGGAUUUACGAAUUCCACGCAGGAUGUACUCGUCAAGCGGCUGGGAUGGGGGGGCAAUCGGCUUAUGUUUUAUACCAAUCUUGCGACCGGCACGUGGCUGUUGCUCGUGCUCCUUGCAUUGGAGGCACUACACCCACUGGCUGUUGUGAUCCUCGAGGCGGAGGAGCUGACAAGCACGGCUCUCUCCAGUACCUCGGCGAUCGCCUCCGCCCUUUUAUCCCUCGACACCGGCCUCCGCUGGUAUCUUCGCGAGGUCGCCCCGCUGAAGGAUCUCUCGCGCACAUGGCACUUCUUCCAACGCUACCCGGAGGCCCUAAAGGAUGUUUUGGAGAUGAGUUUCCUAAACGCGACCGGGCAGGUUUUUAUCUUCCGCGUCAUCUCAUUUUUUGGUUCCCUGACACUGACCGCCAUAACGCUGCUGCGCAAGUCCGGGAGCGUGUUGCUGUCUGUUGUGGUCCACGGCCACCAGGUGGCGAUUGGGCAGUGGAUAGCACUCCUCGUGGCAUUCGCAGGGGUCGUGUGGGAGGCUCUCAUGCAUGUGCGGAAGGCCCCUUCAGCGCGGCGGUCUUCCCCCGGGGCGGGGAAUAAAAAGCCCGCGGGGAGUCAUGGCAAGGAGGAAAGCGACAUGCCUGCACCGGCAUCUGCUACGCAGGGGAACACCACACGGAGAAGAGGUCGCGAGAAGAAUGCAAAGGCAGAGGCGUGA